AUGUGUGAAGGCAUUAAUUAUAACACAUUUAUAUUAAUAUCUUAUUCUGUAUAUUAUUUGUUACGUUCGCCAAUCCCCGUUGAAGAAGUUGACUUAAAUGCAACGCAGUAUAAUAUAGCAGCUACGGAUGAUAAAAAUUUCUGGGAAUGGCUGGCCAGUUUAAUAUCCGCUGGUGGAUCCAUAACAGUACCCGUGACAACAACUGAACUUCCGAGACCAGCGACUGAAUCGUGUUUACCUUGCAAAUGUGGUUUAACGAACACACAGAAACGGAUCGUAGGUGGUGUUGAGACCCAAGUUAAUCAAUAUCCAUGGAUGGCAUUAAUGAUGUUUAGAGGACGAUUCUAUUGCGGCGGAUCUGUUAUAAGUUCUCGUUAUGUAUUAACCGCUGCUCAUUGUGUCGACAGGUUCGAUCCGAAACUCAUGUUAAUUCGGAUAUUAGAGCACGAUCGCAAUUCUACCACAGAGACAGAGAUUCAAGAAUUCAAAGUCGAGAAAGUGAUCAAGCAUAGCGGUUAUUCGACGUACAACUAUAACAACGACAUCGCGCUCGUCAAACUGAAGGACGCCAUUCGAUUCGAGGGAAAGAUGAGGCCUGUUUGCCUUCCAGAACGAGCUAAAACUUUUGCUGGAUUAAAUGGAACAGUAACCGGUUGGGGCGCAUUAGAAGAGGCUGGCUCGAUAUCGCAAACUCUGCAGGAAGUGACGGUUCCGAUUCUCACGAAUGCCGAGUGUCGCGCAACUAAAUAUCCGGCGCGGAAGAUCACAGACAAUAUGCUGUGCGCAGGUUAUCAAGAGGGAAGCAAGGAUUCGUGUCAGGGAGACAGUGGUGGCCCCUUACAUGUUUUUAAUGACAACAGUUAUCAAGUAGUUGGAGUGGUAUCCUGGGGCGAAGGAUGCGCGAAGCCUGGCUAUCCCGGCGUUUACAGCAGGGUGAAUCGUUACCUCUCGUGGAUAGCGAAUAACACCGAGGACGGGUGUUAUUGUUAAUUUAAACGAU